AAUGGUUUGAGAAAAAAAUAAUGGUAAUAAAAUGACCGAGUGUUUUUUUUUUCUUCUAUUUCUUUCUUUUUGUUCUUAUCAUGUCAAAAGAAAGUGUUCAUCCAUUUUCAACACAAAACAAAGAAUAUCAAGUCUUAAUUAAUGAACUCAAUAAACAAGAAAGAUCACAGACAAGACAUACGCAACCAAUGCAAGAACAUCCAAAUGACUCAUUUAUGCGAGAAACAACGCCUAUAAUUACUAUGACGGGUCCAGACAACGAAGAAGAAGAGGAGGAGCAAGAUUCAUUUCCUGGAGGUUUGCCUCAUUUUGAACCAAAAUUUCCUAAAGACCGCCGAGUUUCUGUGAGUGCAGAAUCCAUGCAACCUUCUUCUUCCUAUAAAAAGAAAUCCCUGCCCAAAAAACCAGAUGCUGAGAUAGAUCUUAUUUCUCAUUCUUUGCAAAGUCAUUUCUUAUUUCAAACAGUAGAGCAAGAACAACGUCAAGAAGUCAUUGAUUCCAUGCAAGAAAUGCGAUUCAAGUCAGGCGAUUGGGUCAUUGAACAAGGUGCUGUGGGCGACUACUUUUACAUUGUUUCAAGUGGUACACUCGAUUGCUUUGUGAACGGAAACAAAGUUACACAGUACCAGCGUGGUGGUAGCUUUGGUGAAUUGGCAUUGAUGUACAAUGCACCAAGAGCAGCUUCUAUUCAAGCCACAUCGGAUGCUGUCUUAUGGGCCUUGGAUCGUGUCUCUUUCCGGUCUAUUUUGAUGGAAAACAAUGCUCAAAAGCGAAACAUGCAUGAAAAAUUCAUGCAAGAUGUGCCAUUGUUUAAAUCUCUUGAAUUGGCUGAGAUGCAUAAAAUUGCAGAUGCUUUAGAGCCUGUUUGGUUCCGCGAUGGUGAUGUUGUACUUCGACAAGGUGAUCCUGGUGAUAAUUUCUAUUUGAUUGAGAGAGGCGAGGCUAUUUGUUAUCGUCAACAGCCAGGUGGACAACCAGAACAAGUAAAUCAACUGAAAAAGGGUGAUUAUUUUGGAGGUAAUUGAGGAUAGAACGAUAUCAUCUUAUUCAUUCAUAUAGAACUUGCAUUGUUGAAUGAUAAGCCAAGAGCUGCUACUGUGGUUGCCAAAGGUGAUCUCAAGUGCGUCACAUUAGGAAAAGCAGCAUUUAUUCGACUAUUGGGACCUGUCAUGGACAUUCUGAAGCGCAACACUGUAAAUUAUCAUGCUAUCCUUAAAGAAGCGCAAACAUAAU